CAUCACUGCAGCGUGGCGUGCAGAGGGACAGCGGCUCCCUGACCACACGAUCUGCUCGAGCUCUGCCACAAGCUGACGGCUUUGGGACUCAGGGAUGAUCCUGCAACAGAUGGCAGCAGUGUGAGAAAACGACAAAUGGCUUCCACGGGGAGUUGCAUCCGCAUCCCGGGGGACGACAACCUCCAGUCGAUGCUGGUGGGGACGGUGAUGAGGAAGAUCAAGUCUCGCACCUGGAAGAAGCAGCGCUACUUCAAGCUGCAGGAGGACUGCAUGACCAUCUGGUACAAGUCCAAGAAAGCCGGCAACGCCCACUCUACCUUCUCCGUGAGCGAUGUGGAGGCCGUGAGAGAGGGCCACCAGUCCGAGGUGCUGCUCAGCAUCGCCGACGAGUUCCCGGCCGACCGAUGCUUCACGCUGGUCUUCAGGGGCCGCCGGGGCAACCUGGACCUCGUCGCCGAGUCGGCCGAGGAGGCUCGCUCCUGGAUCCAGGGCAUGAGGAAGCUGAUCGAGAACCUGGAGAACAUGGGCGAGAGGGAGAAGCUCGACCAAUGGAUCGGUGACUGGUUCAAGAAGGCGGACAAGAACAAUGACGGCAGGAUGAACUUCAAGGAGGUGCGAGACCUGCUGAAGAUGAUGAAUGUGGACAUGAACGAGCACCAUGCCCAUCGUCUCUUCACGAUGGCCGAUAAGUCCCAGUCAGGUACGCUCGAGGACGACGAGUUCGUGCUGUUCUACAAGAUGCUGACCCAGCGGGAGGAUGUUCUCAGGGUUUUCCAGGACUACUCGAGCGAUGGCCAGAAACUGUCCCAGACGGACCUGGAGGACUUCCUGCGAGAGGAGCAGCUGGAGGGGGACGAUGUUCAGCAGCAUGCCAAGCAGCUCAUCGAGCGCUACGAACCCUCUGACACAGCCAAGCUGCUGAACGCCAUGACAUUCGAUGGCUUCUUGAUGUACCUGGGCUCGGCCGAGGGCUCGAUCUUCAACCCACGACGGCGGGGCGUCUUCCAGGAUAUGAGCCAGCCGCUGUGCCAUUAUUUCAUCUCCUCCUCCCACAACACCUACCUGAUGGAGGAUCAGCUCAGAGGACAGAGCAGCAUGGAGGGCUACAUCAGGGCUCUGAAUCGCGGCUGCCGGUGUGUGGAGGUGGACUGCUGGGACGGUGCCAACGGAGAGCCCAUCGUCUACCACGGACACACUUUCACCUCCAAGAUUCUCUUCAAGGAUGUGGUCAACGCACUGGGCAACUAUGCUUUUAAGGUAUCGGAGUACCCGGUCAUCCUGUCCAUCGAGAACCACUGCAGCGUUGAGCAGCAGAGAGUCAUGGCCCGACACCUCACCCACAUCCUCGGUGACAAGCUGCUGAAAAGCGCAUUAGGUGGCAAGGCCCCCAUCAGGCUCCCAUCUCCUGAGGAUCUUAAGGGGAAGAUUCUGCUGAAGGCGAAGAAGAUCGGUGGUCUAGAGGAGACUUUCAACGGGAUGGUGGAAGACUCUCUGACUGUGGAGGUCAGCGACGAAGACGACACGGCCGAAAUCGAUGAGGACAACCUCCACCGUGGAAACCUCCGCCACAAGCCGAAGAAGUCUAAGCAGCGUCUGUCCAAGGAGCUGUCGGACUGCGUGGUUUACUGCAAGAGCGUGCACUUCAACAGCUUCAAACACUCCCGCAUCCACUCCAAGUUCUACGAGGUGUUCUCCUUCACCGAGCCCAAAGCCCGGAAACACCUGCGAGAGGCCGGGUCAGAGUUUGUGCUUCACAAUUCACGGCACCUGACCAGGGUUUAUCCCAGCGGCUUCCGAACCGACUCCUCAAAUUUCAAUCCUCAGGAAAUGUGGAAUGUUGGGUGCCAAAUCGUUGCAUUGAAUUUCCAGACUGCCGGGGAAGGGAUGGAUCUGAAUGAUGGCCUGUUCAGGCAGAACGGCUCCUGUGGCUACAUCCUGAAACCUGACUUCAUGACACAAGCCGAGAAAAAAUUUGACCCUGAGAUGGCCCAGCAGCGGGACGGCUACCAACCCCUGGUUCUCACCAUACAGGUGAUCAGUGGGCAGCAGCUGCCCAAAGUGAACAUCAAAGAGGGAUCCAUCGUGGAUCCUCUGGUCAGAGUGGAGAUCCAUGGAGUUCCCAUGGACCAAGCCAAGCAGGAGACCAGAUACAUUGACAACAACGGGUUUAACCCCGUGUGGUACGACACCCUGCGCUUCAACAUCCACACUCCUGAACUGGCCAUGGUGCGCUUUGUGGUGGAGGACUAUGACAAGACAUCCAAAAAUGACUUUAUCGGACAGUAUACACUGCCCUUCAGCUGCAUUCAGCAAGGCUAUCGUCACAUCCACCUUCUGUCUAAAGAUGGAACCAGCAUCCCUCCAUCCUCCUUAUUUGUGCACAUCAGGAUCACCGAGCUGGAAUGAAACAAAGACUAAAAACAGCCGCAUCGCCCUGAAGUCAGUUCCUAGGACUCAUUGAGGAUCAGUAGAGCGUAGCAAAAUAGAAAACACUUGUAACUCCUCCUCAAAAUAGUAUUUAGUAUAAUUUUAUUUGAUGUGAAUAAAUCCUACGCCAAAUGUUUUUUGUAGUUCUUAGGCAGUAGAGCUACAUCAUCAUCAUCAUCAUCAUCCUUAUUAGCCAGUGGAGUGGUUUUCAUCCUGUUGGCUGUGACUGUGUGUGUCCAUCACUUGAACUUCGCCGCUCACGUCUGGUGUAUCAUCGCUACGUAGGACAAACGUUUGAUUCUGUCGUCAUGCGCUCGUGUUGUGUUUCAGAGACGAAUGUGCCACCGUCAUAUAUCUAGAUCAGGCUGUAUAUAUUAUUCUGUCGUCAGUAUUUACCCAAAAACAGAACGUAGCACUUCAUGGACAGUGUUGAAGCGCAUUGUCUGGCCACUGCAACCCUCGGAUUUCACGCUUGGACUGCAUCUCUCUGCACAGGUGGUCGUUUUAAACCUUUAUUUAUCCACACAAGUUUACCGAGAUCCAUGCUUUCUUUUCCAGCAACACUCUACUUCACAUUUAUGUAGUUACACUGGGAGGUAAAAAGCAAAAAAAAGCAAAAAAAAAAAAAAAGCAACUGAUUUAGUACUUACAGGUCGUCUUGUGUCAUCUGAUGUCGUUUUUGUUGUAUGUAAAUAUUCCCCGCUUUGUGUAAAUGAUUGUUUUGAUAUUUGUCUAUUUUUGUAUACACUGUUACAGAUUCAUAUUCAUACGUGUAUAGCUCCAUGGUGGUUAUUGCAUCCAUUUUGCUUGUUUUAUAUUGUUGUAGGAGACCUCAUAUUCAUUUGCCACAGCUAUCUGCAAAUAAAUAUGAUUUUCAUGUA